GUUGAUUAGUCAGUGAGUCGUUUGAGUGGUGUGAGUCAUAGCCUUGAAAGCCGUAAACGGCCGUGAAGUAUGUUUUGAAAUUGAGAACGUGUUUAGAAAUGGUGGCGUUAUUAUCCGUUCUUAUCAAUCUACCCCUUAUUUGCCUUCGCAAUCUGGAACAAGUAUGGUAGACUAUUGAUAGGCAUUAUGAGUAUUUCGCUUGUAGGUGAUAAAGUAAUUUUGCAAGGAAACGUCAAGAUGGAAGGGCAAGGGAACGGAGUACCAUACAGCAAAACCGGGGACAGGGACCAAGAUGAGAAACUGCUACAGCCUUUCACAUACAUUCUACAAGUUCCUGGGAAGCAGAUUCGAGCAAAGUUGGCCCAUGCUUUUAAUUAUUGGUUGAAAAUUCCUGCAGAUAAGCUGGCUGUAGUGGGGGAUAUUGUUCAGAUGCUUCAUAAUUCUAGUCUGCUAAUUGAUGACAUUCAGGACAACUCUAUUCUGCGUAGAGGUAUUCCUGUGGCACACUCAAUUUAUGGAGUUGCCAGCACUAUCAAUGCUGCCAACUAUGUGCUGUUCAUAGCACUGGAGAGGGUGCUGAGCCUAAAUCACCCUGAAGCAACAACAGUAUACACAGAACAACUCCUGGAGCUGCAUCGGGGGCAGGGAAUGGAGAUCUACUGGCGUGAUAACUACACUUGCCCAUCAGUAGAGGAAUAUCAACAGAUGACCAAAAGAAAAACAGGUGGACUGUUUAUGCUUGCAAUCCGACUCAUGCAGCUCUUUAGUGAGAAUAAAGCUGACUUCACCAGACUGACUGGCAUCUUGGGCCUGUACUUCCAGAUUCGGGAUGACUACUGCAAUCUCUGCCUGCAGGAGUAUUCAGAAAACAAAAGUUACUGUGAAGACCUCACAGAGGGGAAGUUCAGUUUCCCAAUAAUUCAUGCCAUAAAGAGUCGACCAGAUGAUAAUCAGGUGAUCCAUAUUCUGCGUCAACGAACACACGAUGUGGAAGUAAAGAAGUACUGUAUUACAUUGCUGGAGAAGUUUGGGUCUUUCAGGCACACGAGGCAUACACUUAAGGAGCUUGAUGCUGAGGCAAGGGCUGAGGUGGCCAAACUUGGAGGCAAUCCACUCCUGGAAGCUGUCUUGGAUGAACUGCUGAACUGGGAGAGAAGGCCAGACCAGAAGAACCCAGAACUAUGAUGCUGCUAUCUUAACAUGAUUUAUUAUCAGUCUAUAUGUGGCUAGGGACUCAUCCAUGUCUGUAGGAUGACUUACACAGGGUUGCACAGACCGUGAACAAUGGCGAGGAAUAUAUAUACUUGUAUGCUUGAGGCAGGGGCAUACUUUAUGGGGCUCAACAUAUGCAUUAUUUAUUAUUAAAUAAUAGUUUUCACAUGUUAAGGAAGCAUACCUAACACAUAAAGGGCUUGCUUUGGCUUUGUGUCAUAAAUUUUUGUGUUCAUUAAAUGUUCAACAGUAUAUAUAUUGUCACAAUUUAUGUGUGACUAUAGAUGGGGCUCAACAGACACACACACACACACA